ACCUCGGUUCCCUCAGGACAUACGGCUCUAGCCACACUGCCACAAGGAGCUCCUAUCUACAUGGACCUAAUUUGGGUUCCAGGCUAUUUGGUCCGAGUGCCCCAGUCUAUGGUUGUGGAAUUUUUCAGCCGUGUUCGAGCUCGUACCUACGUGCUCUCGGGAGACGCUCUUCAUCCAAUGAUUGGUGAGGCGCUGAUCGAGGGCAAAUCAAAAUGGAGUCCGAACGAUAUCGAGUUACUGCGCAGGCAAACCAACUCUGAUGAACUGGACAAUGCAAUCUGUAUUCUUCCCACCGACGAACCGUAUGAAUGGGGAUGUUGGUUACGUACCCCAUGUGGUCGGGUGAAUCGUGAUACCGGUGAGGCUCGCCUUCAGGCUGCUGGAUUCAAAGUGCUACCCAGUGCGAGUUGUUGUGACAUUGAAUUCUCAGCCGGGGCAGUCAAUGUGCGAUGUGAAGGUGUUCGGGUGGAAUUCUAA